AUGGCAUUAUUUGUGGCCAGGAUUGCUCUACAAAUUACUUUGAAAGAGUGUGCGAACAAAAUGAGGAUAAUGCGAAAUCUAGAAUGUGUUCCUCAGCAGUACGGCAUUAGAUGUGAACAGGACUGCUCUACAAAUUGUCAGGACCGACUGUGUGAGAAAGACAACGGGGAAUGUUAUGAUUGUAUUCCUGGAAAGCACGGUACUGACUGUGAUCGGAACUGUUCAGGAAAUUGUAAGGACAUGAUUUGUGAACGGGACACAGGAACCUGUAAAGAAUGCGUUGCUGGAAAGUACGGCAAUGCAUGUGAUCAGGAAUGUCCUGGAAAUUGUAAUGAGACGUUGUGUAGAAGAGACUCGGGACAUUGUAUAGGUUGUUCAGGGGGAUUUUACGGUACAAACUGUUCGAUGACAUGCAAUAGCAGGUGCGUUAAAUGUGGUCAGCUGAGCGGGGAAUGCACGGAAUGUAAGGCGGGUUUACACGGAUUGAAGUGCAACAUGACAUGUGGCCAUUGUAGAAGAUGUAAUAAAAUCACUGGUGCUUGCGCGACCGAAUGUGAAUCUGACUACAAAGGGGAAUUCUGCAAUACAAAACAAGACAAACAAUCCGAAAGUCCACCACCACCAGUAGACGUUGGACCAAUAGUAGGAGCUAUCGCAGGGGUGAUUGUUGUAGCUGUCAUCGCUAUUGUUAUUGUCAUCAUCGUCAGAAGACGUCGCUUGAGUGCCGGUAAACAGGAAUCCUUUACUGAUAUCAGUCGUUCCAAUGUACACAAGAAGAACACUUACAACGAACCGCAAGACUCAUCUGGCAAAUCUGAGGUUGCAGAGAGAAACGUCUACAGUAAUCCAUUAGAUCCAGACGAGUCACACGAGGACACAGUCAAUGUUUAUGUUAACACUGAUGAGGUAGGAAGAGAGCCCGGAUCUAGUGGUAGCGUCUACUAUAAUACCGGUCCUGUUGGAAUUCCUGUCUCCACCCUCAAAUCUCUUGUCCAAACAAAACUGAAAAACAAGGCCAAGGCUUUCGAGAACGAUUACAAGUCUAUACCGUCUGGAGCUUUACAUGCUCAUACCAUUGGAAUGUUGCAACAAAACAAAGCAAAGAACAGAUUCAAAACCACGUUUCCCUAUGAUCAUUCUCGUGUGACUCUUGAUAAAGUUGACAAAGAUCCACACUCCGAUUACAUCAACGCCAACUACAUCGAUAGUGUUAGAAAAACUGCGGAAUACGUAGCAACACAAGGACCGAGGCCUGGCACUGUGAAUGAUUUCUGGCGGAUGAUAUGGCAGCUGCAGACCGGUAAAAUUGUCAUGUUGACAAAUCUCAUAGAAGGAGGAAGACCGAAGUGCGACAAGUAUUGGCCAGAUGAGGGAGAACCUUUGAUCACGGCAACUUUCAGCAUCACUAUGGACAGAGAAAGGUCGUAUGCCUUCUACGUCAUCCGUGAUCUUACAGUAACAUAUAAGAAGACGAAGUCAGUACGUCAGAUACAUCAGUUCCACUAUACCACGUGGCCCGACCACGGGACUCCGGACCCAAACGAACUUGUUGUCUUCCACCGCCGCGUGAUGAACUACCAGACCGUCUUGACAGGGAAAAUGGUUGUUCACUGCAGUGCUGGUAUUGGUAGAACUGGAACAUUUAUUGCCCUGGACGCUCUCCUGGAAUACGGGAAGGAGUUCGGACACAUUGACGUCAUGCAAUACAUAAAAACCAUGCGGAAGGAUAGGAUCAAUAUGGUUCAAACUGCAGAACAAUACAUAGCUGUACACCAGCUCCUUAUCGAAGCCUUCGAUAUGCCAGACACCCUGAUUCCAAGAAUGAAGUACCACACGACACUUACUGCUCUCUCCAAUGGCGGCCCGACGAACCAAACAAAGCUAAGAAAGGAAUUCCAGCUGACACAGUCUAUGAAACCGGCUUACGAUGAGACAGACUACCAAGCCGCCUUACUGCCAUCCAACAAGAUGAAGAAUAGGACCUUAUCUGUCCCAGCAGUUGACAAGUUCAGGGCGUACCUUCGAUCACAGGCUACUGGUAGAACGGAUUAUAUCAAUGCAGUGUCAGUGCCUUCCUAUACAUCCAAAUCUGGUUACAUCGUCACACAGACUCCUCUGGAGGACACCGUGGUGGAUCUGUUGACGAUGAUAAUGGACCACAGCUGUCAAACAAUUGUCAUCAUCGAGCCGGAAGAGAUUAACUGGCUUCCAAGUGAAGAUGAAGAUAAAUCUAUUGGAGAUUUUACGUUGGAGCACAGGGGGAAGUCUUCAACAAUAGCAAAUGUUGAUUUGCUUGAAAUUGCAAUCGAAAACGCGGUUAAUAGCUUCAAUACCACUGUUCGGGUGUUCCAUAUGACUGGAUGGGAUAGAGAAUCAUCCGCCCCCAAGGAUUCGUCCAUGUUGCUUCACCUACUUGAGCUUGUUGACAGCAGACGUAAAUCGGACGAUACCAAGACAACAAUAGUCAUGUGUCGUGAUGGCUAUUCCAAGAGUGGGCUAUUCUGUUGUAUCAGUAAUGCCCGAGACCAAAUGAAAAGUGACGAAGAAGUAGAUAUCUUUCAGAUUUCACGUCAGCUGCAUGUGCGACGUCCAGCAUUUGUGAUCAAUUUUGACCAGUACAAAUGCUGCUACAACAUGAUUAAAGACUACCUGGAUACCACCGACGUGUACGUGAACUGAAUAAUGAGUACCUGGAUACCACCGACGUAUACGUGAACUGAAUAAUGAGUACCUGGAAUACCACCGACGUGUACAUGGACUGAUUAAUGAGUACAUGGAUACCACUGACUUGUACAUGGACUGAUUAUUGAGAACAUGGAUACCACCGACAUGUACAUGAACUGAUUCAUGAGUACCUGGAUACAACCGACGUGUACGUGAACUGAUUAAUGAGUACCUGGAUACCACUGACAUGUACAUGGACUGAUUAAUGAGUACCUGGAUACCGCUGACGUGUACAUGGACUGAUAAAGGAGUACCUAGAUACCACUGACGUGUACACGAACUUAUUUUCCUGUGAUCACCCGAAUCGUUCCAUACAAGCAUGUUAUCAUUUUCUUCAAUGACGCGACGACAAGUUGUUUUUCAUCUGUCAUGGAUUCACUAAUUUCGUUAGAAAGUAAUUAUGUUGUAUAUAUGCAUACUGAUGUUUUACAUAUCACUUUUUAACAGUGUACGUAAUUUGGUGUUUUCUGUUGGACGUUUUUAUUUGUUAUAUUUUGACUGAUAUUGAAUCCCAUUCGUUUUCUCAUUUUUUAAACAUUUUUUUGGCAUUGUUAUAUAUUGUUUUGUAUGUUGUAAACUACUUUAAUUUGCUUUAAAUAGGUUGAAGUUUUAUUGCAGCACUAUAUAGUUUAUUUGUGUAUUUCAAACUUUUUUUUAUUUCAAUUCGAAACCAGUUCAGACAGAUGUUGACCGGUUUUCAUCUAGUUUACCCUGAGCGAUAUAGUAAUACAUGUAUUAGUUACAAGGUUAGUAUCAGUGUCUUAUAUUUGAUUCGGUAUGUUUGCAACAACCCAGCCCUAUAUAUACGGCGGAUCUCUAUGAAUAAUCAUGUUCUACGUAUUCUUAUGCUUAUGUUUUGCUGCCUCUCACUGAAGUAAGACCUUUUGUUUUUGUGACACUUUUAUAUUCCAAUGUUGAUGUCUUACUACGGUUACACAUGUUAAGUCGAUGUGAAAUGUAUUUACAUUGUAUUUGAUUUCAUGGAUUGUUUCUUGCAUUAAUCUAUUUUGCUUAUUAUGAAUUGAUGGGCGCCAUAUAUUCCCAUUGCCUUUUGUCCAUCGUCAUGCGUCGUACGUCGUCCGUUCAUAAACAAUUUACCACUUCUAUUUCUCACUGAAAGCACAUGAAAUUUCUCAAUGAAAUUUUUAAUAGACUUCCCGUGGCUAGAGAGCAUCCAAAUUUCGGAAUUGUAUUGACACUAUGCCCUAAGGAUCCACGGGGACAAAAAAAGUUUUCCCUGGGACGGGAGUAAAAUAGCUACGUUUAAUAAAUUACUGUAAUUUAAUAUAGGAAACUCACAUUUAACCGCAUCACUUGUUGAUUUGCAAUUGGAAAUGAAUCGACCUAGUUUGAGAUGAUACCUUAAUUGAAUUCACAUUUUGACCCUGACUGACCCCCACUAGACUGAAAUAUAUCAAAACCCAGGUGACCGUUCAUGCCCAUGGACCUCUUGUUAUAAAUGAUACUCUUUUUGAUUACAAUAAAUAAGGUGAACAAUUCUGA